AUGUCGACUUCAGCGGGCCCUUCUGCCAGUCGCGGAGACAUCACACUCCAGCCGUCUUACUUCACCUCCUCCUUAUAUGUAGAGCCCUUGCGUGAGGACAUCUCAAGUCUCAUCACUCUAUAUGCCCAACAGUACUCGCAGACCAACCCGCCUUUCGCACUCUUCAAGAGGCUGUGGACGGAGUUAGGAUGGUCUUGGCUACAUUUCAAAGUCUUCGAUCCUCGUGCACGAGAAAGCUUCCUUAGGGUGACGCAGCGAUUGUUCUUAGAGCGCAUGGUCGAUUCUGAGCCGCCGCUAGCCAGAGUAGUGGGGUUAUUCGCACUCUACACAUUCUAUUUCACCCAGCCUUCAACCUCAGAUCCCUCUUUGCAUGCCCUCAAGCACAUUGACACAACGAUUGACUUGUACAAAUCUGUUUCGUCUCUUUCCGAGACCUUGGCAGAUCCAGCUUUACUUCCGCUACAGCCUUACGCAGAGUUUGUGCUCUCAGCUCUGAUCGAUGCACAAGCUGUCCUCCCUCGAGAAAUAUUUGUUGAGGAUGGCCACGAAUCUGCCGUGUACGCCGCAUUGACGGGUGAGGCGGCAGCUUCGCAGCCAAUUCGCCCUCCAAAGAAGAAGGGUCGACCGUCAAAGCGCGACAGGGUCAAGAAAGCCAAGGAUGCUCUUAUCGCUUUGGAGAAAUACGCUGACAUUAACACCGUCUCGUUGGUCCCGCAACCCCCUUGGCCGGUACAUUCAAUGGCUGGGCCAAGCUCGGCUGCUCUUGAUCCUACGGAUACAACCCAUAUCUUGGUCGCACAUCCUCCCAUGACAACUCGGCACAACUACCAAGUGCAAAAGGACCAACUGCUAGACGCGCUGUAUUCUCGGUCGGCAGAUUCCCUGGGGUUGGACUCUUCUGAAGAGACUGUGGGACGGAUAGCGCUGGAACGUGCGAACGAAGCGGUUCUGGCGCGUUUGAAGCUGAUCGAUGAGAUGGCUGCCGAGAAAGGCCUCGAGGUGGGUGGAGAAGGUGGAGAAAAGACCGGCCUUACUAGGGUGGCGAGCGCUGUGCGCCAAGUCUACUCGUCCGGCACCACUGAUAGUCAGCGAGGGGGUGUGCUAGGUCUACUCGAAGGCGCGGGCUUGGCUUUGGACAUUGAGAUGGGCGAGAAUGGGCAGUAUGCAGACACCGUAGACAUGUAA